GCCAUCCGUCUCUAAGUCUGUUUCUCUCCGUUUCGCCCCUUCUCCACCCCGUCUUCGCGCCUUGCUUCAUUUUCCCGCCCUCGACGCCUAGGCGGUUUUUCUUAAUCUUUCCCUUCGCGUAUUUCAGACAAAAACGAGGGUACAGAGUAGAGAUGACAAAUGUUGUGUUGAAGUGAAAAGCGAAAGAAAAAGCAGAUAUCGGAAACGUGCCUUUUUUGUGGGGAGGGUCCCUGUGAUUUUGGAACUGCAUGGCAGGCAGAAGUGCAAUAGGUGAAGCACGUUCUAUUGCAGAAGAAGGGUUAUAUCGGUCGAAAACGACAGGAACAGGUGGUUUCAGAAAAAGGAAGCAUGACCAUUUUCCUCAUGGUUAUCGAAGAGAGGAAAAGGACAGCACUAAUUCUUCUUCUGUUAUUUUAGCCUUCAGAUCAUUUCAGCAAGAGCUUGAUACCAGACAUGAUAAAUAUGAGAGGCUUGUGAAACUCAGUCGUGAUAUAACAAUUGAAAGUAAAAGGACCAUAUUCUUACUGCAUAGGAUCACCAGUGCACCCAAUGGGGAGGAAAUACUAACAGAAUCGGAGACCAAGUUAGAUAUUGUGAGACAGAAAAUAAAGCAAGUAGCACAGGAAUUGAUGGGAGAGGAUAUGUAUCAAUACCACAGAGCCAUCUCUCCAGGUCUUCAGGAAUAUGUGGAAGCUGUGUCAUUCCAGUAUUUUAUCAAAACCCGGUCAUUAAUUAGCAUAGAAGAGAUCAACAGACAGCUGAUAUUUACAGAAGAAUAUAAAGAUGAAGAAACAAAGGUCUCUUCUGAUUGUCUCGAUAAACAGCACCACACUUGGAUCUUGAAGGUUUCUCCUGUAGAUUAUCUCCUGGGAGUGGCUGAUCUCACCGGAGAGCUGAUGCGCAUGUGCAUCAACAGUGUUGGCAAUGGUGACAUAGAUACCCCCUUUGAGUUGAGCCAGUUCCUACGUCAGAUUUAUGAUGGCUUUUCCUAUAUUGGCAACACUGGACCUUACGAAGUUUCUAAAAAACUGUAUACCUUGAAACAGAGUCUGGCUAAAGUUGAGAAUGCCUGCUACACAUUGAAAGUCAGAGGGUCUGAGAUACCAAAGCAUAUGCUAGCUGAUGUGUUUGCGAGUAAAACAGAAAUAAUUGAUCCAGAAGAUGGGCUUUCCUAAAACACAUGGGAAGAAUGAUCCAAAUGGGACAGAGACUAUAGAAUGAGAACAAAGCAUUUCCAUAUUUAGGAUUUGCUAACUGGAAGUUUUAGACGUAUUUGUGUUUUCUUUUAAACCUGGCAUGUUUUAGGGUUAACUGAAGAAGCAGGAUAACUUGCAUCUCAAAAUAGUUCUUGCAUAAUGACUUAAGAAUCCUAGCAGUGAACUGCUUUUUUGUGCCAUUGGCUACCAUAAAUGACACUGUUUCUAUGCUAUUUUUAGUAUUUAUCGGGACACUUCUGCCUGUCUUGGCCACUUAAGCCAGGUAUCCAUGAAAAUUCAUAGUACAGAAUAUAUUCAACGUUGUAACGUUUUUCUUGCCUCUGUUUUUUCAAAUUUCAUUACUUCAGCAGUCUGUGUUCAAUGAGUCAGACAGGAAGUUGUGGUAUUAGAAUCUUCACAUGGAGUUGCAAGGGAUUUUUUUUUUAAAAGAAAGCAUUUGGUAGAGGGGGAAAUACACCUUGGAAAAGCUAACAAAGCUUAUGCAUUAAUUUUUGGUGUUUAGUACAUCUGUUUGAACAUCCUGUUGCAAUAUUGGCAUUCUGUUACUUAGUUUAUAUUCAGGAACCUGCAAAUGAGGCCAAACAAAACAAGACUGAAAAAUGUAUAAAAAUCUAGCACGUUCUGAAUUUGCAACACAAGCAAGUUCUCUAAAAUGUCAAUAAAAUUUCCCUGUACACUCUGAAA